AUGGCUAGCCCUACUGAGAUCUGUGUCAAAUCUGCAAAAUUUGAACUGAUUACCGGAUACAUAUCUUUAUAUGCUGGUAUUUUUGUAGCUUCAGGUUCUGUCGAAGUGACGAAGAAAUCCAAUAAUUGGCUAACUUCAAUAUUGGUUCAUCUGGACAACUCUACGCCCCACUUGAGAUAUAUCCCAUCAGAAACCUUUGCAUAUGAUCGAGCAAAGGGCUGA